GGGCCCACGGGGCCCUCGGGGCAGCGACCUGGUGGCGGGUGGAGCCGGCCCUCACCGCGUCGCCCGGGGCUCUGGAAUCUUGCUCGACACAGGCUGCCUCGGGCUCGUGCGAUGCUUCUCCGUGUGAGAGGAGUAUAAAGGGCGUCUCUAGGCGUUCCAUCGAGAUGGGCUUCGGUUCUCCCAGAAGCAGAAUCUGCAAGUUAUUACCACGUAGCCGACCGAGCUGUUUAAUAUCUCACCCAGGUUACCUGCUAGUGAAUAACGCUUCUGAAACAGUUCCGUGACCCAGUGCAUUACUGUUAUUAUUUUUAUUUUUUUAGGGGUGGUGGUGGUGGGGCUUGUGUAUGAAUGCUACCUAAGUUAGAAUUCUGGCACAGCAAGCCCCAGAUGCCCUUCACGUUCAGCUAGAUCGGUGCACAGCAGCCCGUGUUAAAUAAACCGAAUUGUAACGUUGCUUUUCAGCUUUCCCUGGCCGUGAAGUACAGUUAAUUUGGUAUCUUCAAACCUUGCUCAACUUUUAUAGGAAUCAGUGUCAAGAUAAAGUGAUCAACAGUAGUGACAGUGUUAGGGAGCCGAGGGACAGUUUGUAGGAUUAAACUGGGUGUAAUCUCGAGGAACUAGGUAUUUCAAAAUAAAACCGGUUCAUUUCUUGUGAAGGAAGUCUCUGCCUCCACCAGAAAUGGGCUUUGACAUUGAAUAAGGUGUGCUUUUUUAGCGUAGGGCGUAUUGCCCGAGCUUUUGAUUUUUGAUUUGCUACAAGAGGUUGAGGCUGUCAAGUGUAAGUAUAGGAAAAAGAAUCACCCUUUUCGGAGUACUUUUCGGUUGCUUUGAAAUAUAGUUCAGCUCUUCAGGAUAGCAUACUGUCCUGCUUGUGCUUCGGGGUUGGACAGUGACUCAUUCUGACAUAGGUGACUCUAAAUUACUACGAAGUGCCCUAGUCAGAAUUGACAUUGAAGAGAAAAAGUAUGUUUUAGACCAAAGUUUGAUGACACUACCAACCUAUGUGGUGUGCCAGAAGUUAACCUUGUGGUGUGUGCAGAGUGGGAGGAGUCAGUCCGUAAGGAAAUCCAUUUUCUGUAGAGGAUUGAAAAAUAUCGGUCAGAUUUGGAGUAUUUGCUUUCAUUAUAAUUAUGAGAAAAAUAACGAACAAUGUUAGAGAUAAAUGAUCUCUUAACAGCCCAUCCUUAGCCCCAUCCUUAGCCACCAAUGCUGCAGUAGGGCUGUAGAUUUGAGUGUAUCUGACUCUGAUCCUGUCAUGUGCCAGGGUUCAGUUAUAUCUAGAAGCUCCGUAUUCAAUUCCGUUCUUCCAGUCUUUAUUUGUAGAGUUAAAUAAAGGCUUUAACAUUAUGCCUGGAUGGAUACAGCCCACGCUCAUACAUAUAUGCAUAUGUGUUUUUUAGACAGGCGUCUAAAGUAUUUAGAGAGAACAGAUGAAGUGGUAAAACAAAUACUGACCUUGAAACAUUUGUAUUCCACAGGACCAAGUUUCACAUCCAUCACCCUUUUUGCAAAUUUGUUUUACCUUUGCUUUGUAUUACGCGCACUCUACUUGCAGGGGUGCUUACCAGGACUUUAACGGAAUGGAUCGUGAUUAUGGCCCUGGAUCUUACGGAGGGCUGGAUCGUGACUAUGGCCAUGGAUCAUAUGGGGGUCAGAGAUCCAUGGAUUCCUACCUAAACCAGUCCUAUGGCAUGGACAAUCACAGUGGUGGUGGUGGGGGUAGCAGGUUUGGACCUUAUGAGUCUUACGACUCCAGGUCUUCUCUGGGUGGGCGAGAUCUGUACAGAUCUGGCUAUGGUUUUAAUGAACCCGAACAAACCCGCUUCGGAGGUAGUUAUGGUGGUCGAUUUGAGAGCUCCUACCGGAAUAGCCUUGACUCUUUCGGAGGUAGAAACCAGGGCGGGUCUAGCUGGGAAGCACCUUACUCCCGUUCAAAAUUGAGGCCUGGGUUUAUGGAGGACAGAGGAAGAGAGAAUUACUCUUCCUACAGCAGUUUUUCUUCACCCCAUAUGAAGCCUGCACCUGUAGGCUCUCGGGGGAGAGGAACGCCUGCUUAUCCUGAAAGUACGUUUGGAAGCAGAAGCUAUGAUGCUUUUGGAGGACCAUCAACAGGCAGAGGCCGAGGCCGAGGACAUAUGGGUGAUUUUGGAAGCUUCCAUAGACCUGGAAUUAUUGUUGACUAUCAAAACAAACCUGCCAAUGUGACGAUUGCUACUGCAAGAGGAAUAAAAAGAAAAAUGAUGCAAAUAUUUAUUAAGCCCGGAGGAGCCUUUAUCAAGAAACCUAAGCUAGCAAAACCUAUGGAUAAGAUGAACCUCAGCAAAUCACCUACAAAAACUGAUCCUAAAAAUGAAGAAGAAGAAAAGCGGCGAAUUGAGGCUCGGCGAGAGAAGCAAAGACGUAGACGAGAAAAAAACAGUGAAAAAUAUGGAGAUGGAUACAGAAUGGCAUUCACAUGCUCAUUUUGUAAAUUUCGAACCUUUGAAGAAAAAGAUAUUGAACUGCAUCUGGAAAGUUCUUCUCACCAGGAAACAUUAGAUCAUAUUCAGAAACAAACCAAAUUUGAUAAAGUAGUUAUGGAGUUUUUACAUGAAUGUAUGGUGAAUAAAUUUAAAAAAGCAUCUAUUCGUAAGCAACAGACACUUAAUCACCCAGAAGCUUACAAAAUAAUCGAAAAAGAUAUUAUGGAAGGUGUUACUGCAGAUGAUCACAUGAUGAAAGUGGAGACUGUUCACUGUAGUGCUUGUAGCGUGUACAUCCCUGCUUUACACAGCUCAGUUCAGCUCCACCUAAAGUCUCCCGACCACAGCAAAGGGAAGCAGGCUUAUAAGGAACAGAUAAAGAGGGAAAGUGUGCUGACUGCCACAAGCAUCUUAAACAACCCAAUCGUGAAGGCACGGUAUGAGCGCUUUGUUAAGGGAGAGAAUCCUUUUGAAAUUCAAGAUCAACCUCAGGAUCAGCAGACAGAAGGAGAUGAAGAGGACGAAGAGAAGAUUGAUGAACCCAUCGAGGAAGAGGAAGAGGAGGAGGAGGAAGAAGAAGAAGGAGAAGAAGGGGAGGAAGCUGGAUCUGUGGAGGAAGAAGGGGAUGUGGAGGGAGAGGAGGGCACAGCAGAAUCUGCAGCAGUAGGGGAAGCUGAUGCAGUGGGAGAAGCAGAGGGAGCAGGGGAGGCAGAGGAGGCAGAGGAGGAGGAGGAAGAGGAGGGAACCCAGGAGUUUGCUGCCCAGACCUGUGCUACUGAGCAGUGUGAGCACAGGCAGAUGUAGGCGCCACACUUCACAGGGGCCUUACCGGGGCUACCGUAGAGAAUGGAAGAUGCUGAGUAGCUUAUGAGUUGAUACCAUGUUGCAUGCAUUCCACAUAUUAAAGUUUGUUUUAUAUCAUUUCUAAAUGUUUGGCACUUGUUUAAUAAAAAUGAAGUUAAGAUGAUUUCAGUUUAGUUUUUAUAGAUACCAAACUUAGAUAUGAUAAAUUGUUUGUAUGAUUUUUAAGCUUAGUUUUUAUUACCUUAUUGGUGUUCAGGAUUCUAGGUGUGUGUUGCUCCUCUGCCCGUUGUAAUCAUUUGAACUUAAAAUGCUGCUCUUGGGAGUGAACCUUUAAGUGUGCAUUCAGUUUUUGAGUACUUACUCUAGAUUGAUUGGACAAGUAUUUUGUCCUGAUUUUAGUAUUUCUUUUUUUUACAUUGAAUAGCAGUUAGCAUUAAGAUGGCUUAAAGGAUUUUGUGUACAGUUCCCUUUGUAGCAAUAAAAUGUUUUUUUUUUUUUUUAAAAAGAACUUUUUCCUUUGAUUGCAAUUUAAACAUUUCAUCAAUUAAAUGAGUAUUUAAAAAUCAAUAUCUGCCUUAAUGUAUAAGUUUAGCUCACAAGUAUUUCAAGUGAUUGAGAAGACUUGAAUUAAAACAUUUUUCCUCAGUCAUAUUUUUAAAAAGUGUGACUACUGUAUAUUUUCUAACACAUUUCAGAGGUCAGUCUGUAACUGAUCUUGUUUAUACAAGCUUUAGUUUGUUCUUUUCUCUGUGCCUAUGUCAAACCUUGGAAUCUUCCUGAAAAUACAAUUUAAUACAAAUAA